ACACUUCAGGUGGGAGCGAAUGGAGACAUUAGGAGAUAUAAUAAAGUACAGAGAAAGAGUUCAGCUCACGCUUAUUAAUACGAAGAAAUAUUCCAUUCAAAUUGUGUGAUUCUUGGAGUGUUACAUUCAGAUGAGAUAUUUUUUUCCUCCUUUAGUUCCUCUGGAGUGAAACAUGCACUUCUCUGUUUGAGGGACAGGGGGCGCCCUGUGAAUAGACAUGGAACUCCAGAAGCAAGUUUGGCCAACUUAACUGAACAUUUUUAUAAUUUUUUUUUGAAGAGGUGUGACUCCAUUUGAAAGUAUCUUAUAUAAAAAGGUUUUCUUAUAAAGUGAAUCCCAAUGUUCCCACAAUAUUCCAGCAGGGAAUUACAGCAUAACUUUGGUGGCACUACAAAAGGAUAAUAAUAGUAUAAUAUAGUUUUUUUUUUAAUCCUCCAGAGGUAUAGUGAUGCUCUUAUAUCAUUUUAUAUCCCUUUGCAUGAUUGCAACAUAACGCUGCCGAAUAGGAGAGCGGGCUCCCUGCCUGCGCCCUCCCUCCGCCUCUCAUGUGUCUACAUUUCCAUCCCAUGGCCGUCUCUAGGUGAUUAAGCGCCGCCAGUCUCAAGCAGGUGUCCAACAUGGCGAUCACGGGAAGCGGAUCUCUACUUAUUUCUUUCGUCCUUUCUGCGGCGUUUCUCCAGAAAGGAGCCGCUGAAACCAUGACAGUUGACAGUCAGAACUUGGCGACUGACAAUGUGUCAGUGAUUGAGGGAGAAACGGCCACCAUCAGCUGCAGAGUGAAGAACAACGAUGACUCCGUCAUUCAGCUGCUCAACCCCAACAGACAGACCAUCUACUUCAGAGAUGUCAGACCUCUCAAGGACAGCCGGUUCCAGCUGGUGAAUUUCUCUGACAACGAACUGCGGGUGUCUCUGUCCAAUGUGUCACUCUCCGAUGAGGGACGCUACGUGUGCCAGCUCUACACAGAUCCUCCUCAGGAAGCCUACGCAGACAUCACUGUCCUGGUCCCACCAGGCAGCCCAGUCAUCGAGAGCCGGGAGGAUGUGGUCAGCGAGGGGAACGAGACGGAGCUCACCUGCAUCGCCAUUGGCAGCAAACCAGCCGCCUCGAUCAGAUGGAUGAAGGGGGAGGAAGAACUGACAGGUGAGAUGACAGUGGAGGAGAUGUAUGACAGGAUGUUUACCGUCACCAGCCGGGUGAGGUUUUCUGUCACCAAGGAGGACGAUGGACUCCCAGUGGACUGCAUCAUUGACCACCCAGCUGUGAAGGACCUCUUGGCAGAAAGACACUUGGAAGUGCUGUAUAAGCCUGAGGUGAGGAUUGAGGUGGCAUAUCCUCAAGGUUUAACUAGAGAGGGAGACAACCUUGAAUUGACGUGUUUUGCAGAAGGCAAACCACAUCCCCAUCAGAUCAACUGGGUGAGAGUGGACGAGGACGUGCCGCCUAACGCCGUGGUUACCGGCCCUGAUCUCUACAUUGAAAACCUCAACAAGUCCUACAACGGCACUUACCGCUGUGUGGCUUCUAACACAGUGGGAGAGGCCUACGAUGACUACGUCCUCUAUGUAUAUGAUGCUCCCACUACUACCCCCACACCCACCACCAAUCCAGUCAACACACAAGACUCCAGAGCUGGCGCAGCACCACAGAAAAUUGACCACGCUGUCAUUGGAGGAGUGGUUGCCGUGGUGAUGUUUGCAAUCCUCUGUGCACUCAUUGUUCUUGGUCGAUACUUUGCCAGACACAAAGGAACUUACUUUACUCACGAAGCCAAAGGGGCGGACGAUGCAGCCGACGCAGACACGGCCAUCAUUAACGCAGAGGGGGGACACAACAACACAGACGAGAAGAAGGAGUACUAUAUCUGAAGCGGACAGGCCAGGAGAGACGGGUGGGGAUGCUGUUGCUGGUGGUCAUGGUGCUGCAGGAGUAUUAUGUCAAACUCUGAUUGGUUACAAGACAGCGUGGGAGCAAGGAUGGCAAGAUUUAAAGAAAAGCGACAGGCAGGAGAAAAAGGUGGAAAAUCGGACUGGUACGGCCAAGGGAUAAGAAGAGGUUGAGUCUCCUAUCCGACCCUUCCUGGACCUCCAUGUCCUAUACUGUACAGAUUGAUUAUUUUACAGACAAUUUUGUGCCUUGUUCUAUUUCUUUUGUUUUAUGGUUUUCUUUCUAAAGCUUGUUGGAUUGAAUUUUAUUUUUCCUCCCCUUGUACUCCCCACUUAUUGCUUUUGGCUUUUAAAGAGGAGAUUAAAAGGGUCUGGUGUUCAUGUGUGCUGCUAGUUUUUAGCUUGUAUGACCAGAUCUGAAAAGCCAGCUCAUCCAUACUUCUUUCCUGCAGCCUUCAGUAAAUUAAACGGGAGUGUCAACACGUUUCCUCAUGUUGGCUCAAAUGUCCUUUGGUGCCGAUUACACUCAUCCCCUACGAAUCAGGUUCACUGUAGUCACUGCUUUUGUAACCUUCAUGAUAGAACGCUCAAAGUAGGGCCUAUUGUAUUCACAUUCUUAGUGUUUUUUUCCCCCCCUAAUAUCUGACAUUUACUCCCAGGAUUCCACCAGCAGCAGUUUUUAUAUCACUUCAUGACUGGUGCAGUUUAGAGACCCCAUUAAGACUGCUUUAAACUGUGCUGGCAGCAUUUUAGAGGCAAAUUGUUUCAUCUUCCCAAACGCAUAAGCCCUACUUUUGGGUACGGUCUUGUAUUUCCAUGAUACCUAAUUAAUGUCUUACACUACCAACAGUCUUACUUCAAUUCCUAUUGCUCAUUCUUUACAGUGUUGUCAAACAAAAGGAGCACAAAUAAUGUAUAGUAAUUAAAGAAUGUCAUCCCCAGUCAAAGUUCCGGUGCCACUACUUAGGUUUACGUAGUGUAAACAUGUAGAAACAAUAAUCUAUGCCCAAUAAAAUUUAGAUUCUGUAUGAUUUAUGCUGUUCUGGUCAGUUUGCGGCUUCUGAAGCACUGCAGCUCCUCUGAUGGAAUCACAGAUGCCGUGCAAAAGUGGUCGUCUAAACAAAGCUGGAGCUGUCGGGGUCUGCUGCAAAUGUCAGGGUUGGUACGGGCUGUGCAUUGGGUGAAGUCUAAAAACUAUCAAAGGGCCUUUACCACGCUUUUCCUAAACCUUUCAGAGUAAACUAUAUCCAUAUAAAUGAUCAUACAUUACCGUUGGCAAACUAAAGAACAAAUAAUUUAUGAAAUAUUUUCGUGAUUUUUCUUUCCUAUUCGGAAGAAACAUAAACCUUGAUCUCUAAGAUGUCAUCUUAGAGCCGGCAUCCUGUCUGCGUUUGGCCCACGAAAACGAACAUUUGAACUUUUGCAAAGAUGGAUGUGCAGACCAUGUAUCUGGCCCCGGCCAUCGCUACAUUGGUUGUAGUGAUAGUCGGGGCUAGCGGCGGAGCAAGCUGAAUGGCAAAGCUAGCGGCUGAGCACAGCUAGCUAAGCAACAAAGCUAGCGGCUGAGCACAGCUAGCUUUGUAGAGAAAUUGGGUGUUGGUGUUAGCCUGGGGCGGUUGCUGGCAGUGCAGAGUCUUCCUAAAAGAGGCGUUUCUCACUUUGUGACAUCAGCUCGUGAGAACCCAUUCGUUUUCAUUGUUCGGAGGGGCUGGUGCUGAGUGCAGAGGUUUUCAGAGGAAUGCUCAGAAAUGUGUGAGUGAAUCAAAAUACUACUUUGGGUUUUUUAUAGUGAGAAAUAAACAUUAUUCUCACAUAAAAGCUCAAAAGGUUGAAUUGGCGUGGUAUAGGCCCUUUAACCGUGGUGUUUUUAAAUGACUCCAGAGCAAGAGGGGGGUUUACCUGUGAAAUCUUGCAGCAAUUUGACCAAAAAGCUCAGAAAAAUCAAUCAAACCCACCAUGAUACUUGUUAUAACACUACUGUCAGCAGCCAGUAAUUUGGCAUUAGAGAUACUGAUUGAAACUCAACAUACCUGAGAUGUAUGAAUGCUUUUCGUUUGUUAUCCGUCAAUGGAAUCAGGUUAGCUGUUCCCUUUACUUCUUGUAAUUUUGUCAUAAAAUAUAUGGUUAGGUUGUUGGUUAGCAUUAGUAAGAAUUUACUUUAGCUUGUUUAGAAUGCGAGAAAUGACUGCUUUUGUGACUUUAAACGUCUGAAUUAUCUUAUUUUCAUCCUUCCUAAUAAGGGGUAAACCCCGGACCAAAUAUAAGAACAUGAGUGCCAGAUACACAUUAAACAUUAAUGUUACAUAUAAAAUGAAAACCCAAUUUAGACUGCUCCUCUUGACCUUCAGUGGUAGAACCUAUGGAUCAUUUAACUGUGAAUUGUUACGACUUUUAUCAGUUUUAAUUUUUGAAUGAGCUGUGUCAGAGGGAAUAAAGGAGUGCUAAAUGUUUUACUUUUACUGUCGUGUAAAUGCAUCAUGUCCAUGUAAAAAUCACCAUUUUCUGUUGAGAAAAAAAAAAAAAAAAGGUCAUCUACUGCCUCACAAAAAGAGGUCAUCUUUUGGCUUAAAAACCCAACCCAUUGCCUGUACACAAAAAAAAAAGCUCAACAAAAAUGAAUCUGUCAUAUUUCAUUGCUCUGUACAGACAUUUUAUCUUUAGGUCAGUGUCGAAUCUUGUAAGGUCACCGGCUCCUACAGCUUCUCAGAAAUUUGUGUACAGCUUUACUCUAAGAACUUUUCUACUCCCAUCUUGCAGCCUCAAACCUUCACAGAGGAGUAGCCUUUUGUUAAAAAAAGAUAAAGAGAUAAAGAGAAAAGAUCUCUUUAUUUUGUUCAGCAGUCUACACAGGUUUUUAUUCUGCUGUGACUCACAACUGUGGAGGCAAACAUCGUUCCAUCAUUUACGAAGACGAUUCAGCGCUGACCAAGGCGAGAGAGGAUUAGCAGAUUAAACGAAAAACAAGAAAAAAAAAGGUUAACCACUGCCUUAAACUGACCUUUUGAAGCUCAUCAUCACAAAGGAAAAGGCUGAAGGACUUAUUUUAGUGCCUUCGUUUUCUGAUAUUGAGGCGUAUAACAAUAAGUAUUCCCAAUCCCUUACUUACUUAUGAUCUUGUAGGUUCAAUCCCUUCUAAAUAUCUGUGUACACUCUCCAUCCCAUUUACAGAAUUUACAAAUAUUAGAAUGAGUUCACUGCUUGAAAAUAAAAAGGGUUUCUAUGUUUACCAGUGUGGCGGCUACAAAGUGAAUACUACGGCGUAUGCCAAUACGUUGUUCUUAGAAAGUUCAAUGUUGCCAGAAUCACUUCGUCAACGUCGCUGACUCACUCAGUGAAAUCUUCAAAGCAUUUAUGAGAAGGCAUAAAUUAUAUUAGAAUAUAGGGAAAAAAAAUGCUUUCGAGAUCACAGCAAUGCGGUGUCAUGGAAACGGUUCCGUUUUUUUAACGGAAAAACAUUUAAAGAUGGUGGUCCGAGGCAUCAUUAUGAUAACGGCAUUUUUUUUAAGCAUCAUUUCUAGUGUGUUGUUUUAUUUUUCUCGCUUUCUCAGGUUCAUGAGUGUUUAAUGGUCGUUUUUCUGCAUCUCAGGUAGAAUGCAAAUUCCAGGCCCCAAGUAUAUCACAGUAGUUCAAGAGCUGUUGACGACGCUAGGUAAUCACAAGGUGUACAUGUUUUUACUCAGUUGUACAUGUUACUGUGUUCUGAAUAUGGUGCACUGUUACAAUAAAUGUUAAAUAUUAUUUUGCAUAGACCUAGUUCUCAAAGACGACUAGAUUUGCUAAGCAGACAACAAUGAUGUACAGUCAGUGUUACCCAAAUCACAACGAUGUUCAUGAGACUUCUUCUUCCACUGUAACACUUUGCUCAUACAGUAUCUGUUAAUUAGUAAUUAUAGGAUGUGACGACAGAUAGUCAAUCAAGUAUCACGCAUAACUCUCCAGAAACGAUGGUGGUUGUAUUUACUGUGACGCAGUUUUAUGAAUGAUCUGUAACGUCUUGGAUUUUUGGGUGAAACUCAUUUUUAACACCUGGGAGGAAGGAAGGGUUUGGGGCAAGACGGUAAGGGGUGUGGAUUGGUUUUUAUGACGCCCCCCUCCUCUUAAAAAACAAAACAUUGUUUUCGUUGAUAAAUUGGAAACUUCUCUCUGUUGCCAGGUGACAUUUUUCCUUUGUGUAGUGAAGCGGAUGUUUCUCAUAUGACCAUGCAUAUUUUGUAUUGGUUCACACCAACAUUUUUACAAAAGGAAAAAAAAAAAUCUAAAGAGUUCUUGUCUUAAUAAAAGAUUUCAAUGUCAAA